CAUCCUCCCUCUCUCUCCUCCCUCUCUCCCGUAGACAUCACCAUCUCUCCUCCCCCUCUCUCCGCCGCCACAGCCCUCCCACCACCGCGCCUGCUGUCCCCGCCGCUCCUGCCGCGCCGCUGUCCUCCCCUGCCGCCACCAUUUUUAUGCCGCCGCCGCGAGGUCAAGACUCUUCCCUGCCUCCCUCUUUCCUCAUCCCUAUUUUUUUUCCAGAUCUGAUAGUCUCUACUGGUACCAAUACCACUGGUAGCACUAUUGGUACCAAUACCACUAGUAGCACUAUUGGUACGCUACCACUACUCACUGGUACCAAUACCAGUGGCUCCCCUAUCAUCUGGUACCACUAUCAUCUGUUUUUUUUUUGUUAUUCUCUACUGGUACCGCUACCAAUACUAGUGGUAGCGCUACCAGUGUUAGUAGCGUUGUGUUAUUCUCUACUGGUAGCGUUGUACUGGUAGCAUACCACUAGUACUGGUACAUUUUUUACUGGUACCGCUUUUUACGUACUGGUAGCGUAUCACUAGCACUGGUAUAUUAAUUACCAGUAGACUAAUAGAUUGGUACACUUUUUAACGUAUUGGUACAUUUUUUCAGGUUGCCGGAGGGAGUCUGCCGGAGAGAAUUCGCCGGAGAAAAAGUUUGUCGGUCGAUGCGGAGUGGCUGCUGGAGAAAGGAAGAGAGAGAGAUAGAGAUAUUAAUGUAUAGGAUUUAAAUUUCAGUAAAAAAUUGUAUUUAAUAUGGGUUUUAAUUCCCAAUAUAAUUAAUACAAAAGAGGUAAUUAAUAUAUUUGUUUUUUCAUACCCAAAAUAUCUUUGGUUGUGAAUCUGACAACCCCCUUAGGGGUUGUCACCGUAUCCCGUCCCACUAUUGACCCCUGCUGUAGAACUACAACUAAAUGACUCCAAACAAAUCUAUCCUUUAAAUCCAGCUCUAAGAAACCACUAAACGACUCGGCAGCAACUUAAUAUCUUGACUCAAAAUGACACACAAUCCUAAGGACACUAACUUAUUUCAACAGCCUCUGAUUUGUUUCCUUAUUGCUCAUUGUGUUUCCCUGUUCGUUGCAGACUGGGAAGGUUGCAGGACAGCAAUGCAGUCUUGUCCCAUUUUAACGACUAUUCAGAAAAUUGCUUCACCGAGGUUUCUGGGGAUUUUUACAAGAACACUCGCCUGCUCAAGUCUAUGAAGUCGGAUCUCGAUUACAUAUUUCUAAGGCUAAGGUAAAGGCCAGUUAGCGUUUCUUCUUGAUCCCUGUUUAUCUAUUUCUCGCAAGUGAUCCCAGCAGCAGAAUGGUGACUAUGUUCUGCUAAUUGAGUUGGUUUCAUGAAAGCUUCUCUGCAGCAUGAAAUGUCUCAUGUAAAACUUUGUUGCAACGCAAAGUCCCAUUUUCCUCUUUUAAUCCACAUUGGAUUCUGAGGUUCCCUUGUUCCUUGCUUUGGCAGAACUAUGAAAUCGAAAAUCUCAGCCGUCUAUCCUGAUGCAUUCACUGACGAAUCAGCAAAACAGGUAGAGGACCGAAGGCCGGAUCUUGAAGCACCUAUGGAACUCUAGUAUGUUGGUGCACUGUGCUUAUUGUUGCAUCCCUGUCCUGGGUCUAGAGGGCACGGCAGUGCCAUUUUUGGUAUCUGCUGCGAAGUGUAUCUAGGCAGUAGGCAGGCGGGAGUUCAGAAAAAGGGUAGCAAAGGAUGCAUCUUUCCAGUGGAAUCUUUGGACUUUUGUCAGUCCAGUCCACUCCAGGCAAAAGGGUUUUGUUAUUCUCUACUUUCUUUCUGUUUUGUGUCAGUUACAGACCCGGGAGAUCUCUCUCUCUCGCCUCCAUCUGAUCUGUUGUGGUAAAUCAAAGCUUUUCUUUUUUGUAUGUACUUUCUUCCCAAAACCUUCCUUUUGUUUCUCUGGUAAAAAAGAGAAACCCUGCCGUUCCCCGUUCCAAUUACUGGCCCUCGUCAGUCGCGUGUACUCUCUUCCUCUCUCAUGCAAUUCAGCCCUGAGGCCUGCCUGAACCUUCUAGCUCUCUGUCUCUCUCUCUCUGCCUGUGUUCUCUUCCUCAUGCAAAAAGCACAUUAUAUAUAGAUGAUCAAGAACCAAUCGAUCUCUCACUGAACCACUGCCACGGCAAAGGAAACCAGAGUUUGAUUGAUUCUUGAGCCUGCCUUGAUCACUAGAAAAUGGUGGGGAGUGGCGGUGGAUCCUCAGCAAGAAGCGAGAGUGACAAGGAGAAGACUAAGCUGAGGGAGAGGCAGAGACGGGGGAUCACCACCAAGAUCUUCCACGGCCUCCGCAGACACGGCGGCUACCACCUCUCCCCCCGAGCCGAUAUCAAUGAAGUCCUCCGGGAGCUGGCCAAGGAAGCUGGUUGGAUCAUCGAGCCCGACGGCACUACAUACCGCUACAAGCUCGUGAACCGCUGCCCAACUUGCGGCGCUGGUCCGAGCCAGGCGAGCACAACUGCGACUCCGACAACCAGCAGCACGUUGGUUGCCGGCGGAGGAUCGGGAUCUGGAGGAGACUGCUCCACCACAACUUCCCCGCGCCGGAUAGACCCAAGCAUGGCGUUGAUCAAUGGCGUCAACAGUGGCAGGGCAGUCAUUGGUCGGGCACCGAAUUCCGUCGGCUCUUCCUCUGGCGAGCAGCUGGACAUCCCUCCUGCGUUCUACAUGUACAACCAUCCUGAUCUCCUGCACCAACCGUCCAUCCCCACCACCACCAACGCGGUGGCCGAAAUCGGCAUGCAAGUGAAUGUACCAUCAGUUCUCCAUCACCAGGAGCUGUUGCAGCUGCAGGGGGCGUUUAUGGAAGAAGCUAUUGUGGCGGCGGCUGGUCCUGUUGAGUCAUCACCGCGGCGUAAUUGAGUAGCUAACCAUUUAACACUAGAGGAGAUCUUUACUAUAAUUAUGCGCUUGACAGAACUUGGAAGCUGAGAAUCAUUUUCUGAUUUCUGUUGUUGCACUUAGUUUAACUGUUCCUGUUAUGCAAUAGUAACAAAGUAGUAUCAAUGCUUGAGGCUAGAUAGAGCUGCCGCAGUUUGAGUGAACCAAAUCCAGCUACAAUAGUUGAGGAUCAGAAACUUUGGCACUGCUACAUUGACUUGUUAAUAGGUUGAGUUACUCAAAUUAUUGCCUGCAGAUUGUCGUCUGUAAGCACAAAGAAACUUGAAUAUCAGUACUGCGUUCAUACAGAUGACCAAAGGAGCGGACUCCAUCUACCAUCUUCAUUCUUCAGUCUACUUACAACACGACCAAUCGUUCUCAAACUUCUAUCAUUGCAGUUCAACUCCAUUAAAAAGGGAAAUGUCUUUUCACAGCUUCUUUUGCUGAAGCCGAAAUCUCGAAAGGAACACAUUCAUCAAAAUCCCGGGAUCUCUCCAGGCACUGGGGCUAACUCAUUUUUGUUGAACUUCUCCUCUUCGUAGAAUGAUGCCCUGACUGUAUUACCACCAAAAUAACGGCCAUCCAGAUCUACCAAUGCCUUCGUUGUUUCUUCUGAUCUCUCAAACUGAAUAAAGAUCCGCACAGCCUCAUGUCGAGGAAAGCUUGGUUCUGUGAUCUCGAAAAUGAGAACCUUUGUGACAGUCCCAUACUUUGCACACUCUGAAGCAACUUCAUCCUCCAGCUCGUCAUCCACCUCUCCCGGCCCAACCUUGAACAAGCAGAGCAAAAAUUGUCAAUCACCAUCACAAAUCAACACGUACGGACACAGGUGCCAUUAAAAUCGUCCAAACAGGUUACAUCAACAGGGACCCACUGAAUGGAUGGAAAAACAAAGUACGUAGAAGAUG